UGAGAGAUGGGAUUAUUAAGCAGCAAUACUACAAUGAUUUGAUAAUUAUUUUUAUUUUUUAGGAAACCAAAAGAUUUCAUUUCAUACUAUGGAUGCAGAUACAUGUAGUUCAAAAACCAGCAGUGAAUUAGAUAUUCUUGCUGAGGAAGCUACAGAUUCAUUGGCAGAUAUUUUAUCAAGUUCAGACUCCAGUGAAAGCUCUUUAACCAGUCUAACUUCAGAUAAUCUGCUUCAACAGAUGUCAACAGAAGAGGAAACACUCAAACUGAAUGAAAAAUCAGAAACUGAAACUGAUACGUCAGAUAUGACACAAAAUACACCAAAUAAUACAGAGUUACCUAACCUUAGUUCACAAGACUGGUAUUUACAUCCAUUGUUUCAAGGUUAUUGGAGACAUUAUGCCCAUGCUAUGUCAUGGUGUCAAACUCAUAGAAUAGUCACACAAAAACUACUACAAAAUCAACAACAUAUUUAUCAAAGACAUUCUCAACCUUACUCUAAUAGUUUUAUUCCAAAACGUAAAAGUAAGAACUUAAAAACUUCUAAACAGCCAAUGUUUAAAAUACCUAAGUCGAAAACAAUAGCACCAAGUCCAAAAGAAAAGAAGAAGCAGAAUGUGUCGUUUUCAGAAGAAAGUACAACAUGUGACGAUACCCACUUGUCUGAUACUGGCAGUGAAGUAUACGAGAUGGAAAUAACUGACGAGAUGGUGGAUUUCUUUGCACAGUCAGAAAAACAUAGAAAAGAACGAGAUGAAAGCAAAAUAGGUGGUGGUAAAGGUGAAUCAUUAGUUGAUAUUGGAAAAGCCAGUAAGAAAAUACCUACAAGUGAAGCACCAAAAGAGAGACCUGGUAUACGUAGAACCUCAGAGAUGACACAGCUGUACGGUAAAGGAGCUGCCAUGAUACAUGGAAUGGAAACAGCCCUCCAAAUGACUUACGAUAGGAAUGUAGACAUUAAGCAACCACCUUGUUGGCCUAAUAUGCCACUCAAAAUUGUAUUUAGAUAAGGAUUUGCAGCAAUAAAGUUAUUAUUUUCUA